AUGACGCGGAAAAGGCUGCACUCUGUAGCUGUAUGGGGAUUCUUCGCGUGGGAAAUAGCUGUGUUGCUAAGUCUGGUGGCGUCUAAAGAGCCAGAGAGUCCUCAGGGGAGAGCAGUGCAUCCUCCGUCACCCUCUGACUUCUUGGACAAACUCAUGGGGAGAACCUCAGGCUACGACGCCAGAAUUAGGCCCAACUUUAAAGGUCCUCCUGUGAACGUAUCAUGCAACAUAUUCAUCAACAGCUUUGGCUCCAUAGCUGAGACUACAAUGGACUACAGAGUGAACAUCUUCCUCCGUCAAAAGUGGAACGACCCCAGGUUAGCGUACACAGAGUACCCUGACGGUUCUCUGGACCUGGACCCCUCUAUGUUGGACUCUAUCUGGAAACCUGACUUGUUCUUCGCCAACGAGAAAGGUGCCCAUUUCCACGAAGUCACCACAGACAACAAGCUGUUAAGAAUAUUCAAGAAUGGCAACGUCCUCUAUUCUAUACGAUUGACAUUAACCCUUUCCUGUCCGAUGGACCUGAAGAACUUCCCCAUGGACGUACAGACGUGUAUCAUGCAGCUAGAGAGCUUUGGCUACACAAUGAAUGACCUGAUCUUUGAGUGGCAGGAGAAUGGACCAGUCCAGGUAGCUGAUGGGCUGACCCUCCCACAGUUCAUAAUGAAGGACGAGACGGAUCUGAGAUACUGCACCAAGCACUAUAACACAGGGAAGUUCACGUGCAUCGAGGUGCGUUUCCACCUGGAGAGACAGAUGGGUUACUACCUGAUCCAGAUGUACAUCCCCUCUCUCCUCAUCGUCAUCCUCUCCUGGGUCUCCUUCUGGAUCAACAUGGACGCCGCGCCCGCUAGGGUGGCACUGGGCAUCACCACUGUGCUCACCAUGACCACCCAGAGCUCCGGUUCUAGAACGUCUCUGCCUAAGGUGUCCUAUGUGAAGGCCAUCGACAUCUGGAUGGCGGUGUGUCUGCUCUUCGUAUUCUCCGCUCUGCUCGAGUACGCCGCCGUCAACUUUGUCUCCAGGCAACACAAGGAACUCUUAAGACUCCGCCCUCGGAGAACGAAGAAGAAGGACGACGAUGUGAGGGAGAGCCGCCUCAGCUUCACCACCACGACCGGCAGUGGCGGCACUGCGGUCAAGGACGGCACCAUCCCCAAGGCCACCAACAACGCCACCACCACCCCGGGCGCCGCGGGGCCACAUCCCGCCCAGCACCCUAAGAAGGACCCGGCCACCAAGAGCCACGAAGAGAUGAGAAAGCUGUUCAUCGACCGCGCCAAGAAGAUCGACACGGUAUCGCGGGCGGGUUUCCCCCUGGCCUUCCUGUUUUUUAACAUUUUCUACUGGGUCCUGUACAAGAUUCUCCGGGCUGAGGAUGUGCACAAGGACUAGUACAGAACACUACAGUACAGUAGGGUACAUUACAGUACAGUAGGGUACAUUACAGUACAGUACAGUAGGGUACAGUACAGUACA